AAGAUGGCAUCUAGGUCAUUCACGCAUCAGCCACUUAACGAAGCGCAGAAAGAGUUCCGCAUGAUACGAUUGCUACCGUGCUGCGGCAACGAUAGUCCCAUCGAAGCUGAAAUGAAGGCCUUCUGGAUCGAUGAUGCCCGCGAAUUCACCGCCCUGUCUUACUGCUGGACAAUCGCAGAGGCUACAUGUGAGAUCUCCGUAGGUGGCGAACCAUUCUUAGUACGUCCAAGCCUCCAUGCAUUCUUGCAAAUCUGGCUCGCAGAGAAGCGGCAGGGCUGGCUGUUCGUGGACGCUAUCUGCAUCAACCAGAACGACGUUGCAGAGCGCAGCUCUCAGGUUGCCCUCAUGGGCCAAAUUUACCGCAACGCCUACCAGGUGCUUGCCUGGCUUGGG